GCAUUGGUGAGAAAUAGUUUGUGAAAAAGGUAACCAGAACCGUCUACCAACUUCGACUAUUCCGCCAAGUCAAGGGCAAGAAAAUCAUGCUGGCUCCGGCACCUGACAUUCCUGGUGUUAAGGUCACCUCUGUGCUUGGUCGAGGAGGUUUCGGUGACGUAUGGUUAGCAAAAUGGGAUCAGCCAGCUCUGGGAUACGGACCUCCACUCAACGUCGCCGUUAAAGUCCCCAACAUGGGGGCACGAUCAAGCAGUCGAUUGAGAAGGUCAUUCCUCCGAGAAAGUCUCAUUGCCGUCAAUCUCAAACAUCCUAAUAUCGUGGAAGUACAUAUGGCAUCGGAGUACCAAGGACUUCCUUUCAUCAUCAUGGAGCUAGUUGAUCAAGGUAGCUUCAAGGAGUACGUCCGCCGACUCCGAGGUCGAGCCAUCGUGUCAGGCGGUCAGCGACGAUGUAAGAUGUGUGAAGGAAUAGCGGAGGGCAUGAAGUACUUGGAGUCCAAGCGGAUGGUGCACCGCGAUUUGGCAGCGCGCAACAUUCUCGUUACACGUGACCUAGUGUGCAAAAUCACUGACUUCGGCCUAACUCGACAAAUGACUGGACAGGUGCUCUCGGCUACGACUGGGCAAGCCAGCAGCUCGCUAACACGCCGUGUAUAUUCUUACGUAGCCGGUAAUCCUGAGACGACUGCCGUACCGCUGCUGUGGAGCGCACCAGAGAGCUUCUUCGGUUUUUCCACCACCAAGUCUGAUGUCUGGAGCUUUGGCGUGGUCUUGUGGGAAGCCAUGACAUUCGGGGAAGACCCGUAUUUGGACAUGGCGGGUAUCCGGGGCGCACAGGGCCAGGUCAGUCCAGUGGAGUUUCGCAGACUUCUCGACAACGGCGUGCGACUGCCGCAGCCUCCCGGUUGCAGUGAAGCCAUCUAUAAAAUAAUGCGAAGCACCUGGGAACUGGAGCCACACAAACGGCCAACCUUCAGCAAACUCUCAGAUCAUCUGCGAUUCCUCACAGAUAACUGGGCUCCUUUCGUCCGACCUGAUGGAUGGAACCAUCUAAGAGAUCAACAGGCAUAAUCUUGAACAUGGCAGCGCACUCUAAAUUCCACACUUAAAAAAAUUGACAACAGAAAGGUUAUGAUCAAUUGCCAUAUCGAUUUCAACAGAGAAUACCCCCCCCCCCCCGUUCCACCGAUAAUUGAAUUCCUAUUGAUUCCGACGUUGAUUUCAUACUGACUAAACGAAUUAUUUUUCAUCUUUCACGCUACCUGUUGGUGACUAAUUGCAUGCUUUCUUUCCCUCCGCCUCAUUUCUUUCCACGAAAUUUGCGUUGGGAGUAGUCACAACACGAAACUUCACUACAAGUCAUGAUUCGUUUACUUGCUCGCGAGAUAAGAGAGAUUGCGCUCUCCAGUGGCGUUCCAACACAUGGCCGAAAUGCGAGUAAUAGGCAUACUAGUGAUUGGCGGUGAUUUCCGGGCUGAGAUGUUCUUCUCUCUUUCUUUGUCUGUGUCUGUGUCUGUGUCUGU